UUAAAGGUUCCUUUGGUGCUUGCAUGGGCCAUAACCAUACAUAAAAGCCAAGGGCAAACCCUCCAUAAAGUGCAGGUGGACCUGAGCACCGUGUUUACAUAUGGGCAAGCAUAUGUGGCCCUUUCACGGGCAGCUAGCGUGGAUGGCUUGCGUGUCGUGGGCUUCAGUCCGGACAAGGCA